UAUAUAUCGGGUGAAUCAAUUAUUUCUUUUAUUUCUUGCUGUGAUUUGAAGAUACGACGAUGAAACAAUUAGUCAUAAUCCUAGCUUUGGUUUGCAGUACUUUAGGAGCAUGGGAGAGCGGACUACGAGUGAGGUUCGACGUUGGUUUGGGCAUUGGGAGUGACUUCUUCAUCCCGAUCGCUCGCACUGUAGAUGAGGUGGUGUCGGAGGGCUGGACGCAAACCGUCCGCCCGCCUGGCCGCCUGCCUUCCCUUGUUAUGUACUGCGCGCCCGACCGCAUGAUGUGCGCCCUCUAUGACCAAGAGGGUGUCAUUGCAGGAUUGCAAAUCGCCAUAGCCCAAGAUGACAUCAGCGGGUCAACAUUGGAUUGGAAAACUCAAGGCUUCGUUGAAUGGACUGCGACAACUGCUGAUGGAGAGACUUUGAAGUUCUGGGCUAUUCAGCAAUACUUCGUCUCCCAAGACACAUUAGAUUUGCCCAAAGAAGAACGUAUUAAGAUCACUAAAUCGAAGGAACUGCUCCGUGAAGGCGCUGUUUGGGUGACUGGCUUCAACAAUCAAUUGAUGAGAAUAUCUGCCAAGGCUGAUGAAAUAGAAGGAAGCGGAUUCACACGUCAAUCUUGUAUUCCUUGGAUGGGCCGUCACUAUUACUACAAUAUGACUGAAAACGCAAGUUGUGCAUCGGAUCAACUAUACCCCUGGUUCCCUAUCGGCCACUCCGGAGAGACGAUCGCCACGGGUCUCAUAAUGCACGGAAAACUGGCCCUUAAUCAGAGAACUAAGAAGAAUUGGUUCGAGAAUCCAGGAAAACUGGCAGUUAUGGCUAUCGUUCCACAUGGUCCACAGUGCCUGUACAACAUGGCUGACAGCCCAGGCAUCGUCACCAUGCACAUCUACUACGUAGACGCGCCCUGGUUCAUCGGUUGUCUAGAAAACAAAUAAUCUCAAAUCAAUGUUGCAAACUAUAAAUUGUUACAUUCUUAAAGAAAUUAAAUUAUUUUAAUGAAA